AUGAAUCCCAGGAUACCUAGCAUAGGACUUGUGCGUUUCUUCUCAACCACAAGACCAACUUUUUCCAAAAUUGGUAAGAAACCAAUUCAAUUAGUCGAAGGUGUUGAAUUUGAUGUACAUAAACUUCCAUAUGAAUUCUGUAAAAAAUUCACCAGAGGUCAAGAUACUUUCAUAAUGGAUAGACGUGUUAUUGUCAAAGGUCCCAAGGGGGUUUUAAAAACCUUAGUUCCACCAUUUAUGAAGUUUGAAACUAAAGAUGAUUUACUUGAAAUUAGUGUCAAUGAUCCAACACAUAAAGUACAAAGAGCACUUUGGGGAACCAUGCGUUCUAUUAUACAAAACAAUGUGGAUGGAGCUACUCAAGGUCAUUUAACUAUUGUUAAAUUUGUUGGAACUGGGUAUAGAGGAUUACUUGAAAAGAAUGAAAAGGGUGAAGAUAUAGUUUCAUUAAAAGUAGGUAGACCAUAUACUCCAAAGCUUAAAAUCCCAGAAGGAUUGACUGUUACUUCUCCAAAUCCAACUAGAUUGAUUAUUGAAGGUGCUGAUAAACAACAAGUUAAAUUAUUUGCAGCUUCAAUUAGAGCACAUAGAAAACCAGAACCAUAUAAAGGUAAGGGUAUAUUCGUUGAUGAUGAAACUAUCAAGUUGAAGGAAAAGAAGGUCAAGUAA